AUGACUACUGCUACAGGUGAUACAGCUCCGUUUUAUGGUAAAAUCUGUACAAAAUUAUCGGUUGGUUCUCAGAAUUUUAACCACCCAAUCUUUCUUGCUGAUAUUAAGAGUGAUGGUAUUUUGGGGAUGGACUUUUUCAAAUCUAAUCAGUGUCGCAUAGAUGUAGGUAAAAAUACUGUAAAUCUUAAUGGUGAAAAUGUAUCAUGUUUUCAUCGAGAUGAGAAUUCUUUCUUAACUUCUUGUCGAAUACAAGCUAAACAAAACACUGUUAUACCCCCUGAAACAGAAGUGAUUUUAUUUGGUAAACCUGCUGAAGUAAUUAAUGACACUAUUGGUAUUAUAGAACCAAAUGAACAGUUUUCUGAAAGGAGUGGUCUGCUAAUAGCAAAAUCACUAAUUGAUAUUGAAAAUGGAGAUAUUCCUAUUAGAGUUGCAAAUAUAGACACAAGACCAUGCACUGUGUAUAAGAACACAGUUGUUGCUUUUUAUGAAGCAGUAAGCCCCCCAGAUAUUGUGCACGUUGAAACAGUUGGAACUGCUUCAAGUGACAAACCUACUGAUAUACCUGAUCAUUUAAAUGAUACUUUUAAGAAGGCCACGGAACAUUUAACAAAGGAUCAAAGUGAAAAAGUGAGAAAAUUAUUGAUAAAACAUCAGAAUAUAUUUUCUAGAGAUUCUGGUGACAUUGGUAGAACACAUAUAGUAGAACAUAAUAUAGAAACAGGACAAGCCCGACCUGUUAAACAAGCUCCAUAUAGAGUACCAUUAGCAAAACGACUUGCAGCCGAACAGGAAGUCAAUGAUAUGGCUAAAAAGGGUAUUAUUGAACCAUCAGUUAGUCCAUGGAGUAGUCCUGUGGUAAUGGUUACCAAACCAAAUGGUAAUAUCCGGUUUUGUUGUGACUUUCGUAGACUUAAUGAAUGCACUGUGAAAGACAGUCAACCGUUGCCAAGGAUAGACGAUACACUUGAUGCAUUAUCUGGAUCGGCAUGGUUCAGUACUCUAGACUGCAAAUCAGGCUUCUGGCAAGUUGGCAUGUCUGAAAAAGAUAAACAUAAGACAGCAUUCUCAGUACAAGGGUUUGGUUUAUGGCAGUUUACCGUUAUGCCAUUUGGUCUAUGCAAUGCACCGGCUACUUUUGAAAGAUUGAUGGAACGAGUUUUAGCUGGGCUCACUUGGAAGCAAUGUUUAGUUUACCUAGAUGAUAUCAUAGCUUAUUCCAAAACAUUUGAAGAUCAUUUGACAAGUCUUGAUGAGAUAUUUGGUAGAAUGAGUGAAGCUAACCUUAAACUUAGUCCUGAAAAGUGUGUUUUGUUCCAAAAACAAGUAAAUUUUCUUGGUCAUGUGAUUAGUAGUGAUGGUGUGGCAACAGAUCCAAGAAAAAUUGAAGAAGUAAGAAAUUGGAGAACACCACGAAAAGUUCGCGAGAUAAGAAGUUUCUUGGGACUUUGCUCCUAUUACCGUAAAUUUGUUAAAGGUUUCUCCUCAAUUGCAAAACCUUUACAUAAAUUAACUGAAAAAGGUGAACAUUUUAUUUGGUCCGAUUCAUGUGAAAAUGCUUUUGAACAAUUGAAAAAUGCAUUGACCCAUGCACCGAUAUUGUCCUAUCCUAUUUCUGAAGGUAUAUUCAUAUUAGAUACAGAUGCAAGUGCUGUUGGAGUUGGUUCUGUGCUGCAACAGGUACAAGGAGCUGAAGAAAAGGUUAUAUCUUACUUUAGUAAAUGUCUUUCAAAAGAAGAAAGGCGUUACUGUGUAACUCGGCGAGAACUUCUUGCUGUUAUUUGCUCUGUGAAACAUUAUCAUCAUUAUCUGUUUGGUCGCCAUUUUAUUGUAAGAAGCGACCAUGGUGCCUUGAAAUGGCUUACCAACUUUAAACAACCAGAAGGGCAGGUUGCCCGAUGGCUAGAAACAUUGUCUAUUUAUGACUUUGAAAUAAAGCAUAGGGCCGGUCGUAUACAUUCAAAUGCAGAUGCAUUGUCACGACGGCCAUGUAGUAAAGAUGGGUGCAGCUACUGUGAUAGAGCUGAGACUAGGUAUGCAAAGUUCAAAGAUGAAUUAAAUCUAGAUGAGAGCUGUAUUAAAGAUAGCCCAAGAACGUUAGUAGAGGGGACAAACAAGUUAUUAACAUAUGAAGUUAACGUUUGUCAGAACUCAAAUUUGAAAAGGAUAGAUUGUUGUAUAAGUAAUGGUGACGGUUGCUUAAACGACUUUGGAGAUGCAUCUAAGCGCGCAAAGAAUAUCUCUAAAGCAACAGCAGCUGACACGGAAGCGCUCAGAGAUAAUGAAGUUCUUGACGAAAUCAAUGAGGGUUUACAUAUGCAGGUCAUUGAAACUCAUACUGAUAAGAACGAAACCUCUGAAGAGUUAGGGAGUCGUAAUGAUAUAGAGAUGAAUGGUCGAAAAGGUAUUCUAGACGAAACAUAUGGCAAAGCUGAAAAUAAUGCUAACAUAUGUAAGAAUACUUUAUGCUUUGAAAAUAUACCGGUAAGAGAAGCUGUAGCCACCCUGAAUAAGAACAUUAUUCGAGAAAAACAAAAUAGUGACACUGUUAUAAGAACAGUUAAACACUGGGUAGACACAAAUGAAAAACCAGAAUGGUCAGAUGUCGCACCUAGUUGUAUCGAACUCAAAUUCUAUUGGAAUAGAAUAGAGUCUUUAUUUAUAAUUGACGAAGUGUUGUACCAUCGCUGGGAGAGUGAUGAUGGGAUCACUUCUGACUAUCUUAUUGUGAUACCAAAGACUUUAGUACCUGAUGUUCUAAAAGAAUUACAUAAUAGUCCCACAGGUGGUCAUUUGGGAGUUAGAAAAACAAAGUUUAAAGUGAAACAAAGAUUCUUUUGGUAUGGACUAACAAAUGAUAUAAAGCGUUGGUGUAAAACUUGUGAUGUGUGUGCAUCACAGAAACACCCUCAGAGAAAGGCAAAAGCCGCUUUAAAACAAUAUAAUGUAGGUGCCCCAUUAGAAAGAAUAGCUUUAGAUAUAAUGGGACCUCUACCAAGAAGCAAUGAUGGCAACAAAUACGUUUUGACGAUAGUAGAUUACUUUACAAAAUGGAUUGUAGCAAUCCCUAUUAAAAAUCAAGAGGCAGUCACAGUAGCAAACAAAUUUAUAGAAAAAUUUGUUUCUGUGUUUGGAGUUCCAAAACAAAUUCAUUCUGAUCAAGGUAGAAACUUUGAAUCUUCCUUGUUCCAGGAAAUGUGUAAAAUUCUCGGAUCAGAGAAAACACGUACUACAGCAUUUAGGCCGCAGUCGGACGGUCUCGUAGAAAGAGGACAAAGAACAAUUAAAGCUAUGUUAACAAAGUUUGUUGAUGAAAAUCAGAAGAAUUGGGAUGCCUAUUUGCCAAUUUUGUGUAUGGCAUAUAAUUCAGCAGUACAGGAAACUACUGGCUUUACUCCUAGUAUGUUAAUGCUUGGAAGGGAAUUAGACUUACCAAUUGAUUUAGCACUAGGACGCCCUUCUACGCUUACAAGUCAUAACAAAACCGAUUAUGCCAUAAUGCUUUCCGAAAAACUUGAAGCUGUACAUAAUCUUGCGCGAAAACAUAUUUCAAUCGCUAGUGAUUCUCAAAAACGAAUUUACGAUAAAAGAUUAAAAUAUUGGUCAUAUAACGAAGGUGACCUCGUGUGGUUAUAUAAUCCGCAAGUUAAGCCCGGUUUAAGUGCGAAACUUUCGAAACGUUGGACAGGCCCAUAUGUUAUCUUAAAGAAAAUAAAUGAUGUAGUGUACCGCAUACAAUUAAACAAACGUUCGAAACCGAAAGUUGUCCACCAUGACCGACUAAAACGAUACGAAGGGACCACUGACGAAUAA